CGCACACGAGUCUCCGAAGGCCGGGCGAGGAGAACCGGACCUCAUGCCCGGGACGGGAUCAGGACCGGGGCCGGGAGCUGGAGCCGCGGAGAGCGCGGAGCGAGGGGCCGGGGAGCCGCAGGCCGGCUCGGGGGCGGCGAUGUCGGGCCGGCUGCUCACCCCGUCCCCGAACUGGUACUGCAGCCGCUGCAGCGACGUCAGCCUCGGCGGCGUCCUCGGCUUCGGAGCCAAGAACGGAGUCUUCCUGCUGGGGGUUACCCGGGACCGGCCUCUCGUCCUCGGGGAGCUGAUGGGUCACACAGAGAGGGUGACGGGAUUUGUGUUUUGUCCACAUCCCGGCCUGUCCGGUAUCUGCGCCAGCGCGUCCGACGAUGGCACUGUCAAAAUCUGGGACACGGAGACUAAAGCCGUGCUGAAGGAGCACGCAGCUCACCAGGCGAUCAUCACUGCCCUGCACUGGUCCCCGCUCAGGAAGGAUAUGGUCGUGUCAGGUGACGAGAAGGGGCUGGUCAUCUGCUGGAGACACUUCAAGGAUGAUACCCAGAGCUACUUUCCGGAGCCCCGCCACAUCUUCUGCCUUUCCUGUUCACCACACUGCGAGGAGCACGUGGCUGUGGGGUACAAAGACGGAAUGAUUGUCAUUAUCGACAUUCACAGGAAGGGAAUGGUGGUGCACAGACUGCGUGGUCACGAUGGGGAGAUCCAGUCCCUGGCCUGGUGUCCACAGCUGUGGGAGGAGGGACAGCUUCCCUGUGCUGACACUAUGGCAGAAACCGACGAACAGAAUGGGAACCAUGUAAAAGAGGAGACCGUGCGGUUCUGUGCGCUGGCUUCCGGGAGCAGGGACCAGACAAUUCGGAUUUGGAACUGCUCUAAGGGGAAAGGUCUGGUGACCCUGAAGUUGCCUCAGCUGAAGAGGCGGGGAGCAGCCGACUUGGGGACAAAGGAGCGGAUAUGGCUCACGUUGCAUUGGCCCCAGGGCCGUUCCACCCAGCUGGUGUCCAGCAGCUUUGGGGGGGAGCUGCUGUUCUGGGACUUGGCGAAGUCGGCCAAGCCGAAAUGGACGCUGUUGGGCCGAUCUGAGGGCCAGAACCACAACAGGAUCGUCUUCAACCUGAGCUCCGUCAGCCAAGAUGAGGGCCCCGAGCUGCUGCUCUCCACCUCCAUGGACCGAGACGUGAAGUGCUGGGAUCUGUCCACUCUGGACUGCUGCUGGACGCUGCCGACACUUGGCGGUUUUGUGUAUGGCCUGGCCUUCUCACCGGUGAACGUGGGCUCGCUGGCUGUGGGCGUGGGCGACGGGAUGAUCCGAGUGUGGGACACCAUCUCACUCCAGGGCCCCUACGACAUCAGGACCCUCUGGCAGGGCAUCAAGUCAAAGGUCACGUCGUUGUGUUGGCAUCCAGCCAAGGAGAGCCUGCUGGCGUUCGGGACGGAAGAUGGCAAAGUGGGCAUUUACGAAAUCUACUCAAACAAGUCUCCUCAGAUUUCCAGCUCCUACCACAGGAAAACUGUGUACGCUCUGGCGUGGGGUCCCCCUGUGCCUCCCGUGACUACAGCUGGGGCUGGGGACGGUCCAGCCCUGACCCUGUACAGCUGUGCGGGCGAGGGUAUCAUCCUCCAGCACAACCCCUGGAGACUGACGGCAGAUGCUCAGGACAUCAACCGGAUCAUCCGGGAAACAAAUGGGAUCAAGCACAAACUCCCAGGCCGCAGUGAGCUGAGUUGGAAGCCGGAUGGGACAGUCCUGGCGAUCGGCAAUGACGACGGCUCCAUUGAGAUCUUCCAGGCUCCACUCCUGAGGUUACUGUGCACCAUCCAGACACAUCACAAACUCAUCAAUGCCAUCCGCUGGCACCACACUCACAGCACAGACCCUGAGCUCGGCUUCCUGCUGGCCUCGGGAUCCAACAACGCCGUGGUCUACGUCCACAACCUCAGGACUGUGUUGGAACAUCCCUCUGGAACGCCGACCACGAUGACUGAGCCGUUCCGAACCCUCACUGGGCACACAGCGAAGAUCACCAGCCUGGCAUGGAGCCCCCACCACGAUGCCACGCUGGUGUCUGCCUGCUACGACGGUACUGCCCAGGUGUGGGACGUCCUGAAGGAGGAGCCCAAGUGCAACUACCGAGGACACGCGGGGAGACUGCUGGGAGUGCAGUGGUCGCCAGUGGAGGCAGAUGUGGUCUGGACAGGAGGGGAUGACUUCACGGUGCGGCGAUGGGAGGUUUCAAAGCAGGAACACACCAGACCACCUCAAGGGAAGAAGUUCUCCGAGAUGGAAAGGAAGAAGAUAAACGGCUUGAAGCCCAAAUCCAAGAAAGCCAAGAAAAAAGCGGACAAGAGCGUUGAGGGUUUGGGAGGGGUGGGAUUUUCGGACACUCCAUCGGAGGCCAUUUCCACCCCCCGUGUCUGCAAGGAGCCGGAAUGUUCCAGGGAAGUCGAAACGGGACUUGUUGGAACCUUUGAGGUGCCAGCGCCUCUGGAAGAGCACGGAUUUCAGGAGAGCAUGGAAGCCUGGCGUCCCAAUGCUGCACAGGUCCCUGCAAACCUGCUCCCUCAGGCCAGGAAGGACCGGACGAGGGAUGAGAAGAAGAGAGAUAAGCCAGAGGCUCUGGUGAAGAAGAAGAAGGUCCGGUCGAUGCUUCCGCUGAGUACGGCCAACGAUCACAGGACCAAGGACGAGCUCCAUGCUGACUGCAUCAACCUCGCCAAUAUCCUGUACACACAGGGGUCCGACAGCCGCGGGCAGGCGGGGUCAGGAGACCAGAUACAGCUCGGCCUCUUCGUGGACCGACCGGCGCUCUACCAGAUGUUCCAGGAGGAAGCUGGGAACCACGUUGAGGCGGGUCAUCCCGAGAUGCGUUAUCAACUGCUGCUGUGGAAAGGCGACGUGAAGGGAGCCCUGGAGAUGGCCAUCGAGAGGGGGGAGCUGAACGACACCUUGGUCGCCGUAGCACCCAUGGCUGGCUACGCGGUUUGGGUGCGGACAGUCGAAGCGUUUGUCAGACAGCUAUGUCUCCAGGAGCAUUUCACCAAGGCGGCCACCCUCCUGCUCUCCAUUCACCGGGUGUACGAGGCAGUCCAGCUGUUGAAGGACCACCAGAUGUUCCGAGAGGCCAUCGCCCUCGCUAAGGCUGUUCUCCAGCCAGACGACCCUGUGCUGAGGGAGCUCUACACCCACUGGGCCAGCGUCAUGGAGAAAGACGGCCACUACUCCAUCGCAGCGAAGUGCUACCUGGCAACCGAAUCGCCCUACGACGCGGCAAAGGUCUUGGCGAAGAAGGGUGACGUGGCUUCUCUGCGGACGGCGGCCGAGGUGGCCUCCAUCACUGGGGAGCGGGAGUUGUGCUCUCAGCUCUCCUCCAGAUGUGCCUUGGACCUCCUGGCGCAGAGAGACUGGCUGGGAGCUCAGGACGUCCUGCGUGGGAAUGACAGUCUGCUGGGUCAGAGGUUGGUGCUUUGUACCUACGAGCUGCUCUACAGGACCCUGGCCGAGAAGCAGCUGGUCCUCUGGAGGAGCAUCGACCCUCCGCGUUACCACAGCUGGAGCCUCCAUGCGGAGGGGAACCUCAUCGACUCCAUGCUGACCGUCUGGAGCAGCGAGUUCGGAGUCAGUAUGGUGGACGAGUGCCGGCUGGAGGCGGCUUACGGCCAGCUGAGGACCACCGUGUACCCUGAGGCAUCGGCCAACACACCGGCUAGACUGUUACAGCUGCAGAUGUCUCACGAGCUGAGCCUGGCUCUGUCCUGCACGCUGCUCUCCAACUACGCCGAGUCCGUUGUCACCCUGCUGAAGGUUCUUGUCCGGUGUCUCAGCGCUGGAAACUUCACAUUGAUGCAAGAAAUCGGCAAAGUGCUUUUCCCAAAGGGGGCAGAUUUCAUACCUGAUCUGGAGGCUAAGCUGACCCCUGAACCUUUCAGCCUUGCUGCCCUCCGGAGCCUGCGAGCCUUCCUCUGUUACGGGCAGCUCUACGAGCUGUGGUGGGCGCUGUGUGCAGAACAUUCCAGAACAUGGCAGAGCAGCACUGAGGAGAGACCGGAGCAGGUGCCCGCAGACAGCAGCAGUGGGCCAGUACUCGGUGGCACGGCCCAAGAACUCCUGGCUCGUUGCGGCCUCCUGCUGUCAGUGGAGCACGCCCGGCUGCAGGCCCUUGAGAGGAAGACGAUGGAGGUCCAACAGGCAGUGGCCACACUGGUCAGCCUUCACCAGAGACAGUCGUCUGGUACCGAGGCAGAGAAGAGUGGGCCCCAGCCGAAGACUGGGCCUCAAUGUGAUAAAGAGCCCGAGAGUGGGACCAUGCCUAGGCCCAAGAGUGAGCCAGCUUUAGGGCCUGAUACCGAGUCUGGGGCUGGGCCUGGGCCCAGUGCAAACACUGGGACUGAGAUUGGGCCCGAGCCUGGGCCCAGUGCAAACACUGGGACUGAGAUUGGGCCCGAGCCUGGGCCUGGGCCCAGUGCAAACACUGGGACUGAGAUUGGGCCCGAGCCUGGGCCCACUGCAAACACUGGGACUGAGAUUGGGCCCGAGCCCAGUGCAAACACUGGGACUGAGAUUGGGCCCGAGCCUGGGCCCACUGCAAACACUGGGACUGAGAUUGGGCCCGAGCCUGGGGCUGGGACUGAGCCUGAGCCAGAACUGGCACCCAAUGACACAUCAAAGGCGACAUCCGAGGAAAGACCCACCUCGAACCACUGUGAACAGGAGCUCCCAUUAAGGGAGGAAGGGACUGUCUCCAUGGUUAGUCUGAUGGGAGAGCUGCAGGACAUCAGCCGAGAGCAGGCGGAGAUCGACGAGGCCGUCAAGCGUUACUCCUUCCCGGAUGUCAUUGACUGCUGCCUUGUCCUCCUUGCCAUCGACUCUGUCGCCCCCUCCCUGCUGCCCCCUGCUCUCCGGGAGUCUGCCCUAUCUCUGGCUCAGACCUACGGCACGGCCAAGGUGCAGCAGAUGGUCCGAAAAUUCCGGCGGGAUACAGACUGAGAUGGAGACGUGUCAGGGCCGAAAUUCCCAGGAUCUGGAGCAACUCUUGGGAGUGUCCGCUCUCCCAUCGGAUCGAGCGAUUGUGCUUGGGGUUCCAAAUUGCAGCAUGGGUUAUACCGUCAGCUGCGCUCGGUCUGAGAGAACCACGGGAACUUUGAGAACGGACCCUGAGUUUUGAGGUCUGUUACAAUCUCUCCCUCUCCACCUCUCAUGGAUUUGGGAAUUCCACAGUGGGAUUUAUGGACUAAUGAUGCUCCCUGGAUUCAGAGUGGAAAAGAUUCUCCCCGCACACUUGCCGGUGGACAUGAAGUACAGAUGUGCUGAGUGAACCUUUGGACCUCUGCCCAGCUGCUGAACUCAGCCAGGCCUCGAGCUGCCUCUUCGGAGGCUGACUGAUCUGAGCAGAAUUCCCCACACUCCGAGCCUGGAACCUCCCUGACGUGGUACAGAAACACACUUGCAACCAAUAACGCCUUGUAUUCACAGUACCAGAUCUUUUCUCAAAGUUCUUUGACUUCUCUCCUAAAUCCAGGGAGCUCAAUCCAUCUUGUAUCUUGGAUUUCUUCAAGUUCAGGCUUAAUGUCAUUCAGCCACACAAAAAGUAUAGCCAAAUGAAACAGCAUUCCUCUGGGGCCAAGGUGAAAAAUGCAUUACCAGCGGCAUACUGCUCAUGUAGUACGUUUGGUUACAAUAGCAGGAAAACAGUCACAAAAUGAUUAUAAUAUUGCCCAAGUCCCUGAGUGUCCUGGCCUGUACAUGGGAUGUUGUUCUAGUCCAGCUUGUCCUUCCACCAAGUGAAGACUAGAGAGCAGUAAGGAGCAAGCACUGGAGAGCAGCACCGACAGGAAGGGGUGAAUUCCGUGGCCCACAGAGGCCUCUGCUUUCUCCCACACUGCACCCCCACUUCUUCACCAUUCCUCCCUCCCACCAUCCCCGUCCUUCCAGUGUGUACUGGGACCCGUCAGGAUCUCACAAGAGAGACCCUGCCCAGGCGGCUCUUUGGAACCCUCUCAUUGGUCGAUGGGGUUGGUUGGAGAUCAGAGUUAGGGAUCUCUGUGGUGCCGAUCUCUUCAGAAAAUCAGGAGAUCUGUUAUUCAUUCCCUAAGAUAUGGUUCCCCAUAGGCCCUUCAAUAGAGAGCUGUGUUCUUGUGUGUUUGUGAGACGAAGGAUCAGCCUUGUACUAAACUCCCCCCCACCCCCCCAUGUCAUCUUGGACCUCCCUCCAACGUGGAUCAAACAGGGGAGACAGAUUGAAGUGGAUUUAAGGUUCAGGGUGUGUGUUGAUUCCGGACGGAGGGGUUUCUCUUCUGUUUCUGAGUUGUGUGUGGACUGCUGGGUUUGAGUUUUCUAGGUUUUAACUAUAUCCUGUUUUUGUACUAACAAAAGAAAUCAAUAAAAAAAAUCCCUGCA